AUGAAGGGGGAAAUGAGAGGUAAUUUGGACGAGGAGGGGAGGGGAAGCAGAGGCCGUACAGGGAGAAGUAAUAUGGAGGGAGAGGACGAAUACAGAGAAGGGGAGAAUGAAGGAGUUCAUGCUGGGGAGGAGAAGCCUAAGGGCCCGAGAGGUGAGAGAGGUGGAGGUGAAGGGGAUGUUGAGCUACGGAGGAGGAUCCGGAAGGACGAGGAGGAGGAGGAAGCAGGGAGCGAGCGAGCGGGAGAGAGAGGGGAGGAGGAUGAAGUCGAGGGAGUUGGGAAAAGAAAAAGCGUGCGGGCUGAUUCAGUUGGGGACGAUGAGGAUCAGGGAGAGCAAACGGGGGAGAAGAUGCGUGGAGAGGAGAGAAGGCGACACGUGGGCUCAGAGGGGAAGAGGGAAGAUGAAGAGGACUUGGAGGGCGCGGAAGGUGAAGGGGAGGGGGAGGGAGGAAGAGGGCAUAGAAGGAAAAGGAGCCGUAUUGCGGACGAGGCGGUGGAAGGGGGGAACGGAGACGCGGAGCAUGAGGAGCAUGAGGGAGGGGGGGAUGAGGAGAACAGGACGGGUAUGAAGGGAACUGGCGGCAGAGAGCGCGGGAGUGGUGGCAGUGAGGAGGAGGAAGGAGGAGGGUCGGCAGUUGAGUCGAAAGAGGAACGAGACGGGGAGGGGAAGCAUGGGCGAGGGGAAGGGGAGGAGGAUGGUGAGCAGAGGGCAGCAGGAGAGGAGCACGAGGAUGGAGAGAGGGGGCAUGAGGAGGGGGCGAAGGAGCGUGGGCAUAGAGGAAUGGAGGAUCAGGAAUAUGGUGACGAGGAGCGAGGAGGACACGAGCAUCAUACAGACGAGGGGCGGCAUGAGGAGGGGGCGAAGGAGCAUGAGGAGACGAAGGAGCGUGGGCAUAGAGGAACGGAGGAUCAGGAAUACGGUGACGAGGAUCGAGGGGGACACGAGCAGCAUACAGACGAGGGGAGGCAUGAAGACGGGAAUGAAGAGAGCGGAACUCCUCUUACAUCCUCCCUGGUCUCCCCACUUUCUCCUUUCAAUGACUACUCUCAGUCGUCCUCCUCCGUCCCUCUGCCCCCAUUCGGAUUCAACGCCACUCUCUUUCACGCGCCCCCGAUACCCGUUAGAGAAAAAUUCCUUUGGAGAGCCCCCAAGAGCCAUAAAUAUGCGCAGUGCAUUGCACGCUCCCGCACCCAUAAAGUGCCCGUCAAGGGCUCCACCAACGGCUAUCUGCUGGUCACAGCCAAUGGGGGCCUCAACCAGAUGAGAGCUGCCAUCUGUGACAUGGUGGCUGUAGCUCGCAUCAUGAAUGUCACUCUCGUGGUUCCCGAGCUCGACCACACCUCCUUCUGGGCUGACCCCAGCGAGUUUGAGGAUAUAUUCGACCUGGAUCAUUUCAUCUCCUCGCUCAAGAAGGACAUUCGGAUUGUGCGCCAGCUGCCCAAGCGCGUGCAACACAUUGAGCCUCUCGAGAAGUUCCCGGUCUCCUGGUCACCGUUCUCCUACUACCGAGAGGACCUGCUGCCACGGGUCAAGAAGCACCGGGUGAUGCGCUUCCCUCUGACCGACUCGCGCCUCGCCAACAACGGCGUGCCGGACUCAAUCCAACGGCUGCGGUGCCGCGCCAACUACAAGUCUCUGCGCUACACGCCGUCGAUCUCGCAGAUUGCGGCGAAUCUGAUCUCGAGAUUGCACGCGAGGGGGCCGUACAUUGCGCUGCACUUGAGAUAUGAGAAGGACAUGUUGGCGUUCACAGGAUGCGAUCACGGGUUGCAGGCAUCCGAGAGGGAGGAAUUGAAGGCCAUGCGGCUCAACAACUCAAGGUGGAAGGAGAAGGAGAUCGACGGGGAGGCGCGGAGAACGGAGGGGGCGUGCCCGCUCACGCCACGGGAGACGGCGCUUUUCCUGCGCGCCAUGGGGUAUCCGAAUAAAACGCUCAUUUAUGUGGCAGCUGGGGAUAUCUACGGAUCUAACGGGCUGGAGGACCUGACUCGUCUGUACCCAAACACGUACACACACAGCACGCUGGCAACGGCUGAAGAGCUGGCGAGCAUAGGCGCGUACCAGAACCGGCUGGCAGCUGUGGACUACACUGUGGCGGUGCAGAGCGAUGUGUUUGUGUACACGUACGAGGGGAACAUGGCUCGGGCUGUGCAGGGGCACAGAAGGUUUGAAGGACAUAGGAGGACCAUCAUCCCCAACAGGGAAGCCAUCAUUCGGCACAUUGACCAAUUAAAAUCACGACAAAUCAGGUGGAAGGCGUUUCGGAGGCUCAUCAGGCAAGCACACAAAGAAGGAAUGGGUGCUCCUCAUCUGCGAGAGGUUGACAUUGGCGUCACCAGCGGAGCGCUCAUUUUCGUGGCAGAAGAUUUCGACCUCUCCCACGUGCAGCAGGAAAUUUUCGUCGGCAUCCUCAAUAUAGUCUCCCUCGUUGGCGCGCUAUCAGCUGGUAGACUUGCGGAUUUCGCGGGCCGUAGAUUCGCAAUGGGAGCUGCCGCUUCGAUUUUUAUCGCCGGAGCUCUGUGCAUGGCGUUAGCACCGACCUACGCUAUCCUCGUUACAGGACGUGUCAUUACAGGUGUUGGUGUCGGAUUCGGUCUUGCUCUACCUCCUCUGUUCAUCUCAGAAAUUUCUCCUCCCGGUCAGCGGGGCGGGCUGGUUUCUUUCGGGGAGCUUUUUAUCAACAUUGGCAUUGUAGUGGGCUUCUUGACCUCCUUUCUUCUUUCCGGGCUGCCCGUGGAUACAGCCUGGAGGUGGAUGUUGGGGCUGGGAGCCGUUCCGGGCUUUAUCCUCGCAGUAGGAGUGGUUUUCCUGCCCGAAUCCCCGCGCUGGCUGAUCAUGCACGGGCAGGUGAAAAAAGCCAAGGAUAUCCUCCUUACCAUAUCUGACAGCAAAGAGGAGGCCCAUGAACGGAUGCUGGAGAUUCUCGAAGCAGCAGGGCUGAAGGAGGAAGUUAUCAGCAAAGGCUCGGAUAUUUCCGCUGCCCGGGGCAGAAGCAAUUCCCGCGAGCGGCUGGGAGGCAGCGGGGCCGAGGGUGCGGGAGAUACAGUGUAUGUGGACGAGGAAGAGCAAGAAAUCCACGUGAUACGGCCAAUGGAGGGUGCAGGCGGGACGGGUGUGUGGAAGGAGUUGCUCUGGCCGACGCCGGCGGUGGGGAGGAUGCUGGUGGUGUGCGUGGGCACAAAUUUCCUGCAGCAGGCGGUGGGGAUUGACGCGGCUGUGUAUUACUCGCCUGUGGUGCUGCGGGAUGCGGGGGUGACGUCUACGCGCGCGCUGCUGGGGGCGACGCUGCUGAUGGGGGUGAUCAAGGUGUCGUUUGUUGGCAUUGCCACGUGCAUGCUGGACCACUUCGGACGGAGACCGCUGCUGCUAGCGUCCACUGCAGGCAUGACGAUUGCGCUCCUAACUCAAGCCCUGGCCUUCCUCAAGCUCCCCACCGCUGUUGACGCAGAUGUCACCGCCACCACAGGAGUCCCAACAGCCGCCAUUGUUGCUUUCACCGGCCUCUGCUUUUACGUCGCCUUUUUCUCGAUCGGUAUUGGCCCCAUCAACUGGUUAUACACCUCGGAGAUCUUCCCCCUGAGGCUGCGAGCACAGGCAACUGGUAUCGGCACGGCUGUCAACAGGAUCGCGUCUGGCGUGGUCGCGAUGACGUUUUUGAGUUUGGCCGAUGCGACGGGCAGUCCUGCGGGGCCGUUUUUCAUGUUUGCCGGGAUGGGAGUGGUCGCUUUUGUGUUUUUCUUUUUUCUUGCGCCCGAGACGAGAGGGAAGAGCUUGGAGCAGAUAGUGAGGAUGUUUGAAAAGGGGACAUACGCAUGGGUGAAGGAGGCUCCGGAGGAGAUUCCGAGCGUGGGGUUGGCGGUGUAUGAUGGGAAUAAAAUGCAGCAAGGGUGGGGGGAGACGGAUUCAAGCCCUAGCAGGACACCACGGGAUGUGUG